CUGAAUUGUAUUGGAUCUAUACAGUCAAACAAUGCUUAAUGGGCCUAUAUUUUCGGCCCGUUAUGACCAGAUUGAAAAUCUGAAAAUCCGAAGCUCUCACCGCUUCUCUUCCCGUCUAUCUCAAGCUCCGUGUCAUCUCGCCGGCAAAGAACUCGAUCGAUUCGUAUGUCUCUCUCCCUCUCCGUCUAACAAGUCCUUGCUUUCGAAUAGAAAACGUAGUUUGAAUCUCGUUGUGGAAAUGCCGACUCUACAAGGAUCUUUACCUCCUGAGCUCGCUAACAAUGUGGUUAGGUUGUACCGUGAAUGUCUUCGUAGAGCUACAUUCAUUGGUAAGCAGCAACACAACACUGAGCUGGUGGUUGGCAUGGUGAGGCAACAAUUUAAGAAACACAUGAAUGAGACAGACCCCGAGAAGAUUCAGAAGUUAAAGGAUGAUGCUGCUCGUGGACUCAUCAAUCACAUGUUGUUUGAGUCAGAGAAGCUAACAGGACGCAAGGUUAGCCAGAGAUCCUGAUGCAGAGACUUGUUGCUGACUUUCAUCGUUAUACGCUCUCUCUCGUUCAUUGUAUGCUAACACAAUGCAGCGUGGUUAGCUUUAAUAAAAGAACUUUGUAAAUGGAGUAGUAGCUUCAAUGAAUUCAUAACAUUGAUGAUCUUGGUUUCCAAUUCAAUGUACUUCAACUUGAAUCAUACUCUUCCUCCUCUAAUUAUGGAGUAAACAUGAACCCAAGA